CGCAGGUGCCCCGCGCGCGCGCGCCAGACCCGAGUGGGUAGGGGGCGCCGCACUCGCCAUGCUGCGCGCGCCGCGGACCCUGGCUCCGGCCACAGCGCAACCCACAAAGAGCUUGCCCGCGUUGAACCCCACCGAGCUGUGGCCUCCGGGUCUCAGCAGCCCCCAGCUCUGCCCGGCCACCACCACCACCACCUACUACACUUCGCUUUACACGCAGACGGUGCCUUCCAAUGCUGCGUUGGGCACCUGCCUCGACGCCACUCCCCACGGACCCGAGGGCCAAAUUGUGCGAUGUGUACCCGCAGGCCGGUUGCCGGCCAAAAGGAAGCUGGACCUGGAAGGCAUUGGGAGGCCUACGGUCCCUGAGUUCCGGACUCCCAAGGGGAAGUGCAUCCGAGUGGAUGGUUUGCCAAGUCCCAAAACCCCCAAGUCUCCUGGGGAGAAGACACGCUAUGACACGUCGCUGGGGCUGCUCACCAAAAAGUUCAUUUGCCUCCUGAGCGAGUCGGAGGAUGGGGUCCUGGACCUGAACUGGGCAGCCGAGGUGCUGGACGUGCAGAAGCGGCGCAUCUAUGACAUCACCAACGUGCUAGAGGGCAUCCAGCUCAUCCGCAAGAAGUCCAAAAACAACAUCCAGUGGGUAGGCAGGGGACUAUUUGAAGACCCCACCAGACCCGGGAAGCAGCAGCAGCUGGGGCAGGAGCUGAAGGAGCUGAUGAACGCGGAGCAGACCUUGGACCAGCUCAUCCAGAGUUGCUCCCUGAGCUUCAAGCACCUGACUGAGGAUCAUGCCAACAAGAAACUGGCCUAUGUGACCUACCAGGACAUCCGUGCUGUGGGCAACUUCAGGGAGCAGACAGUGAUUGCAGUGAAGGCUCCUCCACAGACAAGAUUGGAAGUGCCGGACAGGGCGGAGGAGAACCUGCAGAUUUAUCUAAAAAGCACUCAAGGACCCAUUGAAGUCUACCUGUGCCCGGAAGAGGUGCAGGAGCCAGAUAGUCCCCGCAAGGAGGUGCUGCCUUCCACCUCUGCCCUCGGCCCCAUGCCCAGCCAUGCUGAGCCCAGCUGCAGCACUGACCCUGAGAUCACAGAGACCACAGUGGCUUCAGUACUGAUGCCCCAGCCGGUCCCACCACCGCCAGCACCAUCCCUCGUCCCCUUGGAAGCCACCGACAACAUGCUGGAGCUGACCCAUCCACUUCUGCAACAGACUGAGGACCAGUUCCUGUCCCCGAUCUUGUCGGCCAGCUCCCCUCUGAUCAGCUUCUCCCCGCCUUUGGACCAGGACGAAUAUCUGUGGGGCAUGGAUGAGGGUGAGGGCAUCAGCGACCUCUUUGACUCCUAUGACCUUGGGGACCUGUUAAUUAAUUGAAGCGUCCUGCCUCUGUCUCUACCUCCUCACAGACAGAUUGACAGGCUCUCUGCCCUGAUGGGGACACUGGAUAACAGGUGUCACCCUCCGUGUGCUGGUUGCUCCGUUCCAGCCUUCCUUCAUCAGAUGGAGGGCAGCUAGGGAGAUGUGGAGGAUUUGAGUGAGGAGUAUGUCAGGGGCUGGGCCCUGAUGCUCCUCUUCUGACCUCUGACCCCUACAUGAAGGACUACAGGUACAGGCGACCAUGUUCAGGGAAAGGGUCUGCUGCCUCCUUCUGAGGGGCAGUUGGACCCUGGCUUUUUCAAGAAGCACUUAACGCCUUUGUAUUUAUUUUAGGUUGAGUUGUAUUUGUUUGUCCGCCCUGAGUUUUAGCAGGGAGAUUUGUUCUAGUUUCUCCUCAGACCGGUCCAUCCAUGCCUACUGCCUAAGGGCAUUACCUGGGCUUCCAGGGGCCCGUGCCAACUCCCUGGUUCCCCCCACCCCACC